AUGGACCCGCUCUCGGCGCUGGAUAUUGCGGCAGCUGUCGCUCAACUCGUCCAGUUUGGUGGCAGCCUCGUCUCGAAGUCGCAGCAACUCUACAGGCAUGGAGCGCUACUGGACCAUAUCGAGUGUGGGAAUGCCACCCGGCGAUUGAUUGAAUUAACAAACGGUGUCAGGAGUUCGUGGAGAGAACUUGAAAGAUUGGGCGACCUGUCGCCCGACGCGAAAGCGCUCGAAAUUAUCUGCUGCGUUUGUGUCAAGCUGUCUGGGGAGCUGCUUUCCCGUUUGGAAAAGGUUCAACUUGAUGAAAAAAAUACAUCUCGGAAGUGGAAGAGCUUCAGGCAAGCACUCAAGGCCGUGUGCAUGAAAGAUGGUGUAGACUCUCUGGCGAGGAGAAUUGCCGAUUGUCGCGAGGAGCUCAAUUCACAUCUCAUUGCCUCCAUCAGGAAAAAAGCCGGAGCUCUGUUACUUCGGCAAGAUGAGGUUAUCUCAUCCUUGAAUGCGUAUGCUUCCAAAAGUAUAGCAGCCCUUCUCGAGACCCGCACCCUGAUUAGGGAAGACCUUCUCAACCACAGAGAUCAUAUUUUUCGGAAGUCAACCGAGAACGCUAGCAGUACUCAGUCCUCAACUUUGCUAGCAAUAUCAGAAGCGCAGACAAUCGAAGUGGAAAUGGUACAGAACCUUCAUUUCACCAUGAUUGAUGAUCGCCAUGAUGCCAUUCCUGAAGCGCACCGCCAGACUUUCAGAUGGAUUUUCGAUGAAACCCGAAAAGAAGGCUGUCCUUGGAGCAAUUUCCGGGAAUGGCUCAGGACAGGAAGUGGGCUCUAUUGGAUCAACGGCAAAGCUGGCAGUGGCAAGUCGACCUUGAUGCGAUAUAUAUUCAAUAACGCCAAAACUCGUCAGCAGCUCAAUUAUUGGGCUGGCGAGUCAAGUCUCGACAUAUCAGGAUUUUUUUUCUGGAACAGUGGCUCUCCCAUCCAGCGAUCACAAGCAGGACUUCUCAAAUCCUUACUUUUUCAAGCUUUACAGCAACAACCAAACCUUGUUCGCGUCGUGUUUCCGGAGGAAUGGGCCAUGUAUUCCUCUUCUACGGUCAAUCACACAAAAAUUCGCGACCAUCUUUACUCCUUGUCGACACUACAGAAAGCUUUUAAACGUUGGAUUGUCCUUCUCCCCAGCUCCUCAAAGGUGUGCUUCUUCAUCGACGGGCUGGAUGAAUAUGACGGUGACCACGAGGAAAUCGCCGAAUUCUUCAAAGGUCUAUCCUCGAGAACCUCAAACGUAAAGUUAUGUGUGUCGAGUAGACCUUGGGUGGUAUUUGAUGAUGCCUUCAAAGGCAUGCCCAUGCUUCGGCUGCAAGACCUCACAUUCGACGAUAUACAAGCUUAUGUCUUUGACAAACUCGAAGGCCAUGAUAGAAUGCGACUCCUCAAGGAUGCCGAACCUGCCCAUGCUGCAGAAUUGGUGAAUGAAGUGGUUACAAAAGCUUCUGGGGUCUUUCUAUGGGUCACGCUCGUUGUCAAGUCACUUUUGAAUGGGCUCAGAAAUCGCGAUUGUAUCGGCGACCUUCGAAGGCGACUUUCUGAACUCCCCUCGGAUCUAGAUAAG